UCUCACCACAUUCAGUACCUACUUUAUUCAUAUAUCACCUCCGCCCUUUUCAUCCUCUCAGUUUUUUAUUUAUUAUUAUUAUUAUUAUUUCAUUUUCAACACAAUACGAUCCCACUCGCCCUCUCCCUCCCUCUACGUUUCUGGAACAGUACUUUUCCAAUUUUUUAUCAUAACAAAUGCGUUUGCCUGUAUACGCAUUUUCUGUGAGGGCGUGGUUUUGAAGAGCCAGUAUUUCUGGAUUUGUCAAGCCCCCGGUAUUCGUCGUAGAGAGCAGCAAAGAUAAACAGAAGUGGAGUAGAUAGACAUACUAUUCCUCCUCGUUUUUGGCCUUCCCCUGAAUUAUCGCCCCUUUCUUUCCUUUUCUAUUUUCGCUCCCCAACAACAAAUUAAAAUUUAUUACCUUUCCUGAAGGUCUUGGCUAACUCACAAUCUGAUAAAACGCGACGAUUCUUGUUUCCGUGUUGGUUUCUGUUCAUUCUCAUACCUUUUUUUGGAUCCUCCCAUUCCACGUAUACCCCUAUUUGUCUGCCCGAGAUUGACGAUAAUCUCGUCCGCAUUUUCUUCGAGGAUAGAAAUUUACAAGUGCUAACUCUCCAAUUGUUAAUUUUCGGGAAUCCCUUGUUUGCGUCGGAUCACUGUAAAAAAAUUUAGCUCCGAGCUACCAUCUGAGUCUGAUUUCUGGGCAGCAUCAAUAUCAGCUUCAGCUGCUUCUUUGCUAUUGAGAUGCCAUAUCCUUAUCGCUUGAGAAUCCUCUGUUUUAUCUGCCAUUGAUUGCCCUCUGUAAAAUCGAUUCUUUUGAUCUGGCUUUCUUACAAUUGAUCGGUAUUGUGGGCUUUCUUUCGUGAAAAUGAAGUCCCGGUCCUUAGAUUACUGGAGGAGUUACUUUCGAACCGCGAACUCCGAUAUAUUUGAUAUUAUAGACCAUGCGAUCAUGGUGGCCGCCUCUGAUUGUCCAAAGGAGUUUCGAUUGCGAAGAGAUAGAAUCGCGGAACGGUUGUUUUCUUGUCGGAUGACUCGUUGUUUGGGUUGUGAGCGAGUGGAGUUGGCGGUGUCCGGUGUCGACCAGGAGUACGAUGGAGGUUGCAAGAGUGGUUUUGAUAGAGACGGAGCUGAGGUGGAAGCAGGUGCAAGUAAAGAGAGCAAGGCCCAUAGUAGCAGAGAUGACCGUGGAGACAUGAACAUGAAUCACGUUAGCAAUUUUAGCUACGGAGAAGCUGAAGCAUUGACGGAUGAGAUUGAAGAAGAGUCUCAACUGGUUGGUGAGACUUUGAGAAUCAAGGAAAUUCUACAUAACUGCGAAGAAGAGUCUGAUUCGGAAAUAUUCGAGUCGUUGAGGAGGCUACAGCUGAUGGAACUGACAGUGGAUCUUCUAAAGGCGACUGAAAUUGGAAAGGCUGUCAAUCCUUUCCGGAAGCAUGGAUCAAUGGAGAUUCGUCAGCUUGCACGGACUCUUAUUGAUGGCUGGAAAGAAAUGGUGGAUGAGUGGGUCAAUGCAACCACAACAAAUGCAGGUUCUGAAGGUACCCCAGAUUCAGUAAAUCCAUCUGUUGUUGAUGAAGAGGAGGAGGAAGGCCUUCCAUCACCUCCUAUGGAUGAAGGGGCUUUCUUUGCAGCUCAAACUGCAUCAAUGGAGUUAUCACAGUUCUUUGAUGGCAUGGAUGAUGAUGGAAAUCCUCGACAGAGUGGGGAAUUCAUCAAGAACCGGGAAAAUGGCAGAAGACCAGCUCUGGACAAUCAAAACAUAGUAAAGAGGAAACCGCAGGCUUCUGAUGGGGCGGAAGCCAUGGUCAGAGAUAGCAGGAAUCAGCAAGCAAAGAAAAACGAGGCUGUUGCGAAGCUAAAUAAAUCAGCAACUGUUGGUUCUGGUCCUGGCAGACCAUUAAAAUCUAGCAUGCAACGAAGAGAGAAUAUGGAGCCAAGGAUGUUGCAAAAGAUGGACAGGAGUGGAGUCCCCAAGAGGCCACUUGCUGGUCCGCAAGAUUCGAAGUGUGCAGAUGAUACUUCAGUCCAAAUGAAGCUAGAAGCUACCAAGAGGAAACUUCAGGAGAGUUAUCAACAAGCCGAAAUUGCCAAGAAGCAGCGAACAAUCCAGGUUAUGGAGUUGCAUGAUCUCCCCAAGCAAGGAGGGAUUGGCCACAGAGCUACACAUUUCAAACCUAUGAAGCACCAAAACAGGAAUUGGGCCCAGGGACGAAGGUAGAGCUUCAUUGUGUGCCAAGUCCUUUCGACCCUUCCUUUUAAAGUUGAUGGUGGAAGAGCAAUAACUGGCUAGGCCAUCCUAUGGACUGAAGCCGGAUCUGCCUGGCCGUUAAAAGGAACACAUUCACAAUUGUUACUUGGUUCGAGCUGUUUUGAUUGAGAGGGAAGUAAACUCUGAAACACUGUUUAUUUCCUUAGUUAAAGACCCGUAGUAUACAUACAAAUCAAUUUGUUUAUCCAAUAGGUAACUUUGGCGCUCAACUGACAUGGUUUAAAAUCAUUGUCUAUAAUAUAAAUCCCAUUUUUUUCCCCGA